GUACAGGGAACGAUGGCUCCAGCAGAAGAAAUUCGGAAACGAACACGCCGAGCAGGAUGGCAAACACUACUUGCGGAAGUAGCGGUGCAGAAUGUUUGACUCAGAGACCCUUUCUAACCGAUUGACGUUAUCAGAUGACCGUGCGUGAGGCCUUGAACCAGGCUAUGGAAGAGGAGAUGAGGAAGGACAAGUCGGUCAUUCUUCUCGGUGAGGAGGUCGCUCAGUACAACGGUGCAUACAAGGUGUCGAAAGGUCUGCUCGACAAGUUUGGACCCGACCGUGUGAUCGAUACCCCAAUUACCGAGAUGGGUUUCGCUGGAAUUGCUGUGGGAGCUGCAAUGGCAGGAUUGAAGCCCAUUUGUGAAUUCAUGACCUUCAACUUCGCGAUGCAGGCCAUCGACCACAUUGUCAACUCUGCAGCAAAGACUCGCUACAUGUCAGGCGGUAUCGUCGGCGUUCCAAUUGUGUUCAGAGGACCGAACGGAGCAGCUGCCGGUGUUGCUGCGCAGCACUCUCAGGACUACGCGGCUUGGUACGGACAAAUACCUGGAUUGAAGGUUGUCAGCCCAUGGAAUGCCGAGGACGCCAAGGGUCUGAUGAAGGCCGCGAUCCGUGACCCCGACCCGGUUGUUGUUCUGGAAAACGAGAUCAUGUACGGCGUCACGUUCGACGUUUCCGAUGAGGUGGUGAAGGAUGACUUUGUCCUUCCUAUCGGAAAGGCGAAGGUUGAGAAGGAGGGAUCGGAUAUCACAGUCGUUGCCCACUCCAGGGCUGUUGGUCAAAGCUUGGAGGUCGCCGAGGAGCUGGCAAAGCAAGGCAUCAAAGUGGAGGUCAUCAAUCUUCGUUCCAUUCGUCCCCUGGACAUCGACACGAUCAUCAAGUCCGUCAAGAAGACCAACCGCCUAGUGACCGUCGAAGGCGGUUUCCCCCAAUACAGUGUCGGAUCCGAGAUUUGCGCGCAGAUCAUGGAAUCCGAAGCAUUCGAUCACCUCGAUGCGCCUAUCAGCCGUGUGACCGGUGCCGACAUCCCAACACCUUACGCCAAGAACCUAGAAGACCUCAGCUUCCCACGGGUCGAGGUCAUCAAGAACACCAUCUUGAAGACGCUCAACCGCAAAUAGAUACCAUCUGCAUCUGCAUCGCACCACCACUUCCGUUGCGCCCCAUCCUCCGAUGCUCGUUGCGUGAGAAAAGCUCCGAUAGAGUUUUUUCAUUGAACAUUAUUUCCCCGGGGUUUUCCUCAAUUUGCACGCACGCAUGUAUAUGUAGUUCCUCUCCUCUUCCUCUGUCACAUCACUGGUUGCCGAACAUGGUUUACUCUCGUAGCCCCGAAUACAGGUGUAUUCUCAUGUCCGUCACCCAGCUCGUGUAGGACCCACUUUCGAGCUGUGGACAUUUUGAUAAUGCUGAGGUAAGCCAGUUUCGGGUAACUGCUCUUUUUGGACACCCACCGUACAGCUGUAC